AUGGGUAAAAAAAAACUUUCGCGCGAGGAGAGAGAGCAAGAGAAUCGCCCAUACCCUCGCGGUUGGGACUGGAUGGUCGUUUCUGGAAACUGCCAUUAUACGAAAGACCGUUCCUCAUUCAAGACUUACCGUCCUAUUGAGAAGAUGAUCAGGACUAGAACGAUCUUCUCUGGCCUUAGAGACACCUACGUGGCUGGGGUUGGAACUGUGAAGCUGAAAGUGUGCACCAGCAGUGACGAAGGGUCACGAAAUGGGGUCCUGGUACUAGAAAAUGUUCUGCAUGUUCCUAGUGCUAUCUGUCAUGGCUUCAAUUCCAGAAGCUAUCACGAUAGGAAUGGUGGAGAAGUGACUGCUCAUGAAGGGAAUUGGAGAGGGUUCGAUACGAACGGUAAACCUCUCUGGUACGGUCUGCCGUUCUUUGGGUUUCAAAAACUCGCACUAGUUGGAAAUCCGCAAGAAGAUUCAACUUUUGGAUUGAUUGGGUUGUUCUACCCCGGCUGGGAUCUAGAAAUUAGUGAUGAGGAUCUCAAAACUAUCCUUUGCGAAGAUUGA